AUGGGAACCGAAGAGAUCAAGCGAUGCAUUUCGUCUUCUGCUUCGAUCCACCAAUGGAAGUAUGACGUGUUCCUGAGCUUCAGAGGCGAGGACAUAAGGAUGACCUUCGCGGCCCACCUCUUCCACGCGCUGAGGCAGGCUGGGAUCUGCUAUUUCAGGGACAAUGACAAAGUGGAGACUGGGAUUUUCAUCGAGCCCAAGCUGCUCAACGCAAUUCGCCACUCUAGGGUUGCCCUCAUCGUGUUCACCACCAACUAUGCCGACUCAUGGUGGUGCUUGAACAAGCUGGUGGAGAUCCUGGAGUGCAACAGGAGGUUCAGAGAUCGUCAGGGUCACGUAGUUCUGCCCAUUUUCUAUGAUGUUGAGCCAGGGGACGUCCGGAAACAGCCAGGGGACGUCCGGAAACAGAGCGGGUGA